AUGGUCGAAGAGGUGACUACUGAAAUGUGGACCGACGGUGUGAGCCCCGUUAAAGAGAUUCAUGUUGCCACAACCAUAAUUUUUUUUGCCGGCUGCAUUCAAGUGCUUAUGGGUGUUUUUCGCCUACAGUAUCUCACAACAGUUUUUUCCGAGCAAGUUAUGUCAGGCUUCGUUGUCGGAGGAGGUAUACAUGUAUUUUUUGCACAAAUUGGUGAUACUCUGGGCAUGAAAUUGCCAAGAAGAAGUGGGCCAGGCUAUCUAUACUAUAGAAUAUGCGACCUGAUCGGAAAUAUACAUAACAUACAUUGGCCAACAUUGUACAUCUCGCUAUCAUCACUGGCUUUUCUUGUAUUAGGAAAAGAGUUCAUCUCUCCUUGGCUUAGCACGGCUUUCAACUUUCCAGUACCCUUCGAUUUGGUUUUGGCUGUAGUCGGCAUAACUGCCACGAAUUACGCAGAGUUAUCGAGAAGACACAACAUCAAGGUUCUAGGAAAUAUCCCAACUGAGUUCCCCCCACCCAGUCUGCCACGAUUUGAUCUCAUUCAAUACAUUGGGGUAAAUGUAGUAGCUAUAGCCUUGACUGCAGUCGCCAUACAUCUGACUGUGGCAAAGAUUGUCGAAAAAAGAUACAAAUAUAAGAUCAACCAUGGACAGGAGCUGUACGCUCUUGGCUUUGUCAGCGUUCUAUCGUCUUUCUUUCCCGUGUUUCCAGUAACUUCAGGGUUUGCACGAAGUGUUGUAGGAGCUGCCGUGGGUGGAAGUACACAGCUUACCUGUCUCUUCUCGUCGCUUGCACUUGUUUUGGUUAUUUUGUACAUCGGUCCAGCCUUAGAAUACCUACCCCAGUGCAUUCUGUCGACUAUGAUUAUAGUAUCGCAAAAGGUUAUAUUUGCAAAAUUUGCGGAGCUGCGAGAGCUAUGGCCCGUGUUUAAAGUGGACUUCACAAUAUGGAUCAUGAGCAUGAUUCUGACAGUCUGCUUCGAUAUGGGUGAGGGACUUCUUCUUGCCACCGGUUUUGCCGUAUCUACAACUAUCAUCAGAAUGCAGAAACCAAAAUGGCAUUUCCUUUCUCGCGAUUGUGACUCGGGCACCUUCAAAGAAACUAAGAAGAAAAACCUAGAAUGUGUUGGUGGGAACGUCUGUGUAUUUCGCAUGGAUGCGCCUCUAAUAUUUACCAGUAUCGACAGAUUUACCACGGCUGUUUGGCAAUCAGUAAAAACAUGGGAGCGGACGAAAGCUGAAUCGUUCAUAACAAUUGAUCAAAUGAAUUCAGCUAAUACAGAAGAUAUCUUUGAGAAGAAAGCUCGUGCAGCACACCGCGGAGCAGCAAGAGAAGAUCGCUGCCGCCUCGUUAUUGACUGUGGAGGAUUUCCCUAUGUUGAUUAUCUUGGACUGAGUACGCUAAGGACGGUUGUUGCAGAUCUCAUUGCCGCUAAUGUCCAGACGUUUUUGGUUGUAAAUAAGGCCGACCUUCGCAAACUAUUUGAAGUCACCGAUUUCUACGAGACAGUAGAUAAGGAACGAAUUUUCAAGAGAUUGGAGGAUGCAGUCGCAUACGCUGAGGAGAGAAUGGUAACCGAAAGGAAGGAAGAAGCUUUUGAAAGAAAAGAUGAGGAAGAAGAAACGAUCAACUGUGAUAUUGAAAAUCUCGCUGAGUGA